GAAUUCGAAAACGUUGGCUUUUUGUUUUCGCGUAGACGGAAAACAUUUUGAAAACGGAGCUUUUCGAAGGCGAUGGCGUUCCGACAAUCGCAUGAUUUUUCUGACCGAGUUUUCGUCAAACACAAAUCCAAAAUGACCGGUGAUUGUUGCAUUUUUAAAUUCAGAAGGCGUAGUGUGAACGGAAAACAUUUGAUGAGUUUUCAGAGUGAAACUUCCGUUUUCAAAUUCUCCUGGCCUAGUGUAGACGGGGUCUUAGGUGAAACAUACAAAACUACCAUUAAUGAUAAACCAAAAGAAAACAGGGGCAAGGAUGAUAAAGACUAGAAGACUGAUGUAUUACGUGAAAGAACAAAGGUUCUCCCUUUUGAUCACACAAUCACGCUAAGUUUGUUUUCGGUCUCGUGACUACGCGCCUGCGCCAUAUGACACCCACAUCGAGCUGAUCUUGUCAAAAACGCGCUUUAGGCAAGUAUCGAUCCCCUUCUUCUUCCACCCCUUGGUUUAAGAUUAAAGAACAAUUGAUUCUAGGUAUUUCUGGGUUAACUCCACUAUAGAAGUGGAAAGAAGCUUUCCCUCUCUCUCCACCAGCCUCCCCACACUCGCCUCCCACCACUCCCCACGCAACAAAUUUUGUCGAUCCAGUCCCUUUUCUCGCCCAGAAUUGCGCCUGGCAACAUUCGACCUCAACCGCACAGUUGUCACUGGGUUAACCAUAUCACUGCCGUAUUGUGCACUGUAAAAAAUGUGGUUGUCUUGCGGUUGUCUUGCAAUGUAAAGGUUGUUUAAUUCACCUAGUACCGCCUAGUAUAACUGGCUUCAGAAUGCAAGUGUUGUAUUUACAGGAUGAAAACAUCAGAAAUACUCGGAACCAAGAGUGACUGUCGCGUUGCACUGCUCCCUCUGAACUAAAUCCUCACCUAUGAACCUAACCGAGCUGCCGUUGGAACUGAUAGACGAAAUACUGAAGCGUCUAGAUGCGAUUUCUCUCGCUAAAUCUCGGCAGGUUUGCCGUUCAUGGCUGUCUUUACACUCGCAGCCGAAAUACAAGCUACUUUGGAGACGGGCUUGCUUCAGAGAUAUUCCUGGGGAUGUUUUGAUCGAAUUAACUGGAAGUGGAUAUAUUGACGAAACACCAGGCAGACUAAGUGACUCUGCAGAGAAUAUUCAAGUAGAAAACAGUAGUAUUGACUGGAAAGCUAUUUAUCAGAAGUGGUUUAGAAGCCGCCAUAUUAGAAAAUGGCCUUCCAUGAUAACAGGACUUAAGGGUCACAGAGGGCCAGUUUGGGAUGUGAAAUUCUCAGGUGCAGACCGAGUUGUAACUUGUGGAGAUGAUGGCACCAUUCGCAUAUGGGACAGCUGGUCAAGUCAUUGUAUUGCAGUUCUUUCAGGGCAUCUGGAUGCUGUUCUCUCAAUCUCUCUGAGGCAGAUAACAGGUAUUUCACUCAACACAGAUAUCCCCCAUGAUCUCAUUGUAUCAGGUUCCAAGGACUGCUCAGUUAAAGUUUGGAACAUGAAGAAACCAAAUACCACAGCAGCUCUAACAUGCCAUGGCCAUACUGCUUGUGUUAAUUGUGUCGCUGUCAUAGAGAAUAUUGCUGCCUCUGCAUCUGAUGACUGUUCUGUUAGAGUCUGGGAUAUUGUUACAGGUCAUUGUAUUCACACACUGUGUAACCUAGGUGACUGGGUGAAGUAUGUGAGGCUUUGGCAACAUGAUACACUACUUUAUGUUACUGAUAACACUCAGUUGGGUUUGUGGUCCAUUAAACAUGGGGAGCUUCUAUCAUCUCUUAAACUAGCAGAUACAAGAGGUCAGGGCUACUUUCCAAUGACUCCUGGAGUUCAAGGUGCUGUUCUCAGGGGAAAAACAGCUUUGGUCUUGACUCACUCUAAAGGACUCUUUGCAUGGGAGAAUAAAUCUGAUGGCAGCAACAUUGUUCACAACUUCUCUUUGAUUGGUCCACAUUCUAACAGUGUUCAACGAGGAGAAUGUUUGGCCAUGCAUGGAGCAUUGGCUGCCAUAGGAACUCGUUCUGGAGCAGUCUAUGUGUAUCAUCUUGAAGGAAACUGGGAAAAUCAGUUCACCAAGGUUCACCAUGUGCUGCAUGGAUAUCAUGAUCCUGUCAAUGCAGUUUGUCUUGAUGAUGAUGGCGAAGGUCCUUCCCUUGUCACUGGAGGUGACGAUGGCAUCGUCAGGAUUUAUCGUUGGUUCCCACCUAGCAUUUAGGUUCAAGGCACAAGACUGAACUCUCUUGCUGUAGCUGAUUAAAUAACUUCUUUUCCUUUGCUACUGAAGGAAAAGAUCUUGAGCUGUUUAAGUCAGGGUUGAACCUUAAAUCUUAUGUUCAAAUGUACCUUGCUUCAGCUGAUCAUGAAAAGGUUAAUUUUACUUAUUAGCAAGACAAUGUUUACCAAAGAUACUUAGCUUAAGAAAUGGCGAGUUCCAAUGGUUUUGGUGUGUUAUUUCUGCCCCAAUUGGAAACACGCAGCAAUAAUAUAUAACAUAACUUAAAAUCUCUAACAACAGGUUACAGUUCUUCAUUUCACAUCAGUUGUAAGAAAGUAGCUGGCUGUGGUUGUUGUUUAUCGGUUAAAAUCAUAAGAUAUCACAGCAGAACAAAUUUAUUUUUAAAGACAUGUUAAGAUUUGUCUAUGGUUAUUAAGACCAAUCAAUCAAAUUACUUUAUGUGUAGUAAAAGCAACAGUUUUGUAUAUUUGUUCCAAUAAUUAUAUUAGCAUACAAUAAACAGACAAGUUCUUCACUAUCGGCAAAUACUGUCGGUAACUACUGACCUAAAGCUGUUUAAUAAAACAUGCAAAUCAUUCUUUAUAA